AUGGCUGAUGUUAAGUCUGUCGCUACACCGAUGUCUUCUGGUCAUAUUCUCACAUUUUCCUCCGGUGAAAUUCUUCAUGAUCCCUCCACUUAUCGUGCGACUGUGGAGAGCCUCCAGUAUCUUGGAUUGACCAAACCUGACAUUGCCUUUGCUGUUAACCGGCUAUCUCAGUAUAUGCACCAGCCACUCACACUCCAUUGGGAAGCCGUGAAACGUGUGUUACGACAUCUUGCGGGAAAUGCGAACAUGGGCAUCUUUUUCUCUGUCAAGGCUCCGUUUAACUUUCAUGUGUACUCUGAUGUUGAUUGGGCUGGAAACCGAGAUGACUACACCUCCACGGGUGCAUACAUUGCAUACUUAGGUCGAGUGCCCAUCUCGUGGUCCUCCAAGAAACAAAUAGGUGUUGCUAGGUCCUUGACGGAAGCAGAAUAUCCCGCACUCACAGCCGCUGGUUCUGAAGUCAAAUAG